AGAGAGGCGUCUGCGAUCGGUGAUAUGGACGAAGUUGUUCCCCUCCUACGUGAACAUUCUCAAAUACAGUCAGUUUCUGUAACUUCAUUGCAAGCAAGUUCAGAAAUCGACCAUGUAGAAGAAAACUCGCUUGCAUCCGAAUAAACCAGGAAUCACAUCUUCUUUGGCUUUUGCCAUUGCAGCAUGCAUUUUAGGAUCCUCUUUCCAGCUGGGCUUCAAUAGUGGUGUGGUCAAUUCACCAGAAAGUGUUAUUAAAGAAUUUUACAAUGAAACCUACAUAAACCGCGAAGGAAAGCCAUUAUCAAAUGAGCUUUUAAACUUACUCUGGGCAAUCACUGUUUCAUCAUAUCCCCUUGGCGGAAUGCUAGGUGGUGUCACAGCAGGGCUAUGGGCAAACAGAUAUGGCAGACGAGGGGCUCUAUUGAGAAACAACAGCACAGCCGUUGUGGCAGCAGCAUUACUGGGCUUUGCAAAGAUGUCCAAGUCAUAUGAAAUGUUGAUAGUGGGUCGAUUCGUCAGUGGUAUUAAUGCUGGAGUCAACUCUGGUGUGGGUCCAUUAUACCUGGCAGAAAUUUCCCCUGUUUCUUUAAGGGGUCUUGUAGGGACAUUGAACCAGCUAGCCAUCACACUAGGUGUCUUAGUAGCUGAGGCUAUAGGACUAUCCAUAGCUUUGGGAACAGAUGAAUUGUGGCCUUUAUGUGUUGGAUUCACUAUUAUUCCGGUUUUAUUUCAACUUUCAACUUUGACCUGCUGCCCAGAAACACCACAUCAUCUGAUGCUCACACUUAAUGAUGAUGAUGAAGCAGAAAAAGCCCUGGUCUGGCUGCGUGGCACAGAGGACAUUGGAGAGGAGCUGGAGGAGAUAAGAGUAGAUAAAGUGGAACACCGAAAUGCUGUCAAGUUCUCUGUGGCUGAUUUGUUUAAAAAUGCUGAGCUUCGCUGGCCACUUAUCAUCAGUUUGAUGCUGCAGUUAUCACAGCAGUUUUCUGGAAUAAACGCAGUUAUCUAUUAUUCUACUUCCAUAUUUGAAGAAGCAAAUCUGUCUGAGGCUGCUUCACAGUAUGCAACAGUUGGAGUAGGCCUUGUCAAUGUCAUCAUGACAUUUUUUUCUGCUCUUUUGAUGGAUAAGCUUGGUCGGCGAGUGUUGAUGAUCACUGGACUAGCUGGCCUGUUUGCCUUCUCUUCAGUAUUAGUGACUGCCUUAGUGUUUCAGGGUUCUGCUUCCUGGCUGUCCUAUGUCUGCAUAGUGGCUGUGGUCUUCUAUAUUAUUUUCUUUGCAACUGGCCCAGGAGCCAUUCCAUGGUUCUAUGUUGCUGAGCUUUUCGCUCAAGGCCCUCGUACUGCGGCUGUCAGCAUUUCAGUUCUAGUCAACUGGUUUGCAAACUUUAUUGUUGGUGUUAUUUUUCCUGAGCUGGAGUCUUCUUUGGGGGUCUAUUCUUUUCUACCAUUUGUGGUGAUGCUGCUUGGUUUUCUGAUCUUCACUGUUGCUUUUGUGCCAGAGACAAAAGGCAAACGCAUUGAAGACAUUACUCUCUUAUUUAAAACUUCAGCAAGUAAUGAGUCUUCAAAGGUAGAUUUGACCUACAGGCAGAUUAGUGAAGAUGUAUCUUCAUCUGUACAAUCCUCAGGUCGCUGAACCAUAUAAUAUUGUAAAAUAACAAAUGCCAAAGUAAUUUUGUGAUGUGACUAAUUCAUUAUCUUCAAAAUUUCUCUUUCUCUUUAUCAGAUGUUCUGUUGUAUGCAGGGGAGGAGUCUAGCAGACAAGGGCAAACAAGGUCAAUUUUGAUGAAGUGUUAUUACAUCCAUAUAUGUACCACAUUGAAACCAUAUUUGAUCUCUAUAUUAGUAUUUCUUUUGAUAUUUACUGUACAUUUUGAAAUUUUCAUACAGUUAAAUGUAGCAUUAUACUCCAAACAACAAAAAGUGAACACAGAAAUGCUGUUUAGCAAAGCUGUACAAAGUAUAUUCCUAUGUUAAACAUGGAGGGAAGAUUUGUGAGUGAAAAAUGUUUCCAUAUCAAACCUCCACCAACAUUUACUCUUCAUGCAGUUUAUAUUUAUAGCAACUUUCAACACAUAAUGAUCCAUUUCAAAUUUCAUAAAAAGUAUGUUUCAUCAUUGUCUAUUAUUCAAAUCUUGUUCAAAAUCUUUAUAAUUCAGGCUCUGGAAUACCUGAGAACAGAACCAUCUUGUCCUUUAAGAUGCAUCUAUAUUUACUUUAGUACACUUGAUUUUGACACUUCCAUUAGGUUUUACGGGCACCUUUUCAUAAGACUGCAACUGUUCUUUGUACCAAUCCUUAGUGUUCUGUAACAUUCUUUUCCCAUAUGUAUGUGUUUGCAUGUCUUUAUUCAUGCAUGUGCACACAUGAUAUUUACUAAUAUAAAGAUAGGAUAUAUGUGAUAACAUUUGCUUUUUUAAAUGUUUUACAUGUAAAAUAUUUCCGAUUUAAAAAAAAUGUGUCUAAACCAUUACGGUAUAACUUUUUGUUGAUAUUGAUACUGUAGUGUGCUUUUUGACACUAACAUAUUGUACUGUAUCAUGACAAUUCCCAAAGCAAGUGCAAUGACUUGGCAUCAUAUCUUGCUGACUCCUGCACAUCUGUACUUAUAUACAGUAGCAGCAGUUAAGCUUUGUCAGUGUUUGUAUGCAUGAAUGUUCCUAGGUUUGUUUGUUGGGUUUUUUUUUUUAAUUUUCCCCAUGCUUGUUGGCAAGUGUACAUGUAAAGUUACUAUAAAAAAAAAAUCUGAUUUUUUAAAAAUCUAUUCCUAUUGGAAUAGAAAACUCUGUGUGUUUAGAACAGAUUGCAAGUGCUUUUACUACUUUCUUUAAUCAAUAGUUUAUAUAUGAGAUGCUUAAAUCUCAAAGUACUGCAAGGAUGAGACAAAUGGCCAGUUUUUACAUUGCUAUGUAUCAUUUUACGUUUGUUUCCUAAUUCUGAAAGUGUUAUUUGCAAAAGAGUGUAUCUGGGCUAUUUAAUAUUUGAAGAAGACUCUAAACACUGUUAGUUUUACUCUAAAUUCUUCUUUA